AUGCUCCAUGUAGUCAGUGGUUUUUUUGUGCUGGUCGGAUGCGCGAUGGCGAUGGAUUUGUGCGAGUAUUUCGCCCGUUUAGGAUUCGAUAAGCCGGAGUGUCGACAGCAAAUCGUCUUUCGACCGACGGAAUUUCAAUUAUUUGACGGAUCGGAGAGUGAUGCUUCAAGAGAACAGCAAGUUUUCUACCAUCCGACUGCCUUCGAAGUGCUGGAUGGCGGGAGGAAAGCGACGACGAAAGUGCUGACAUUUCAUCGUUUCCCCCAUCUGCAAAUCGAUCCACCACAACAAUUUGAAGUGAUCGGGAGACAGGGUUUCGACUAUCCGCUGUGCAAGAAUUUCUUCCAUUCCUGCAUGGAGUCAGGAAAAUGCGAAUCGGGAAACAGUAAAUGUCCGUCGAUCGCCGAGAUUGGGGUGAAUUGCCGGAAGCCGAAAAGUGUCAAUUGGUGUUACGCCGAUUCGGAUUGUCGUGGCCGUGACUCACUAUCCGGAGAUUUAUGUUGUCCAACCGGUUGCAACUACAAUAUUUGUGUGCACUCGAUUGAGGCACCGAAGUCACAGAUUGCACUCCUCGCUGAUAAUAUGGGUUUCUCGUCGUUUCCACUUUUAACCCCGCCACCACAACAACCACCAUCAACGCCAGCAUCGACAACGAAUCAUCACAUUGUAUUUUCUCGCCUUUUGGCUCAGGAACAAUGCCCGGAUCCGUGGAAAAUCGAGGUGAAAUGUAAUGUUCGACAGCCGACCAGCUGGUGCGCGAAGCACUCGGAUUGUCCAGAUGUGAACACAGUGAAUCCAAGAAAAUGUUGCCCAACAGUUUGCGGCUACACAGCGUGCAUGGUGAAAUAUAACAAUAAAUGGAUGAUCGCU